AUGGCGAGGGCGGAGGGGCUCCUGCGGGGCCCGGGGAACGCGGCGGAGGCUCGGCGGAGCGGCAGGGAUAGGGACGGCGACGCGUCUCCGGCGACCCCCGGCGGCGAGAGCACGGAGGAGCGCGCUGCUAGAGCUUCCAUAAGUGGAAGGGAAAAGGCAGGAGUGGAAAGUGAGAGCGAGAGCGACCGGGUGAAUGUGGUGUCUACCUGUGAUUAUCUGGGCCAUCCUGUCAGCAGCUCAGGCCCGGCGGCACCUGAACAAGAAGAUGCCACUCCCAGCUUGCCAACCGGCCCACUUCCAAUCAGGCCCAAGAGAAUCAGGAAGCCCAACUCUCUGGUGACUGGCCCAUCCUAG